CUGCUGUUCCAGCUCACUCUGUGAUCACGUAGCUACUAAGGAUGCCGUCAAUGGACAGCCACAGCAGGGAAGAAAUGCGUGAAAAUGGAGCUACAUGAAUCCAAAUUUCUCAAAAAUUGUUUUCCUCUUCAACAGAUCAUUUUAGCCCAUACUGAGGCAAACUCACCGGGAAAAUGUUUGUAUUUCAGCGAGCAGCUUCCUAAUCUUACAUGCUCUCUCUGUAGGUUAUGGACUUUUUUUCUCCUCCUUCAAGUAUCCCUCGUUCAAAGUGUGACAGGUCUGUCAGCGAGCGUGCGCGCCUGACUCUCUUCCCGCAAAGACAGGCUGAAAGAAACGGAAAACAAUGCCGGAAUCGCUGCUUUGUUCAGAAAUAAAACUCUAAAGUUCUCUUUAUGGCGUUUCAAAAUGACAGACUCUAACUUGAGGAACGAAAGCAACUAUGGGAUCUAUUUUACUGAAGCUUUCAACGGAUCUGUCUUGGACCAAACAUCUCCAAACGACAGUAUCACGACCUGCAAGAACUUCACUAUGGACACACAUGCUGUCGGGGUCGGGGUCUUUCUUUCUGUUUUUAUUUUGGUUGCAAUUGUUGGGAACAUUUUGGUCAUCCUGUCUGUGGUGUGCAAUAAGCAUUUGCAGACUGUGACAAACUUCUUCAUUGUGAACCUAGCCAUGGCAGACUUGCUGUUGAGCAUAAUCGUGCUGCCUUUCUCUGCCUCUCUGGAGGUGCUGGGAUGCUGGGUGUUUGGCCGGGUUUUCUGCAACAUCUGGGCAGCCGUGGAUGUGCUCUGCUGCACCGCAUCCAUCCUCAGCCUCUGCAUCAUCUCCGUGGACCGGUACAUAGGGGUCAAAUACUGUCUGAAAUACCCAAGUAUUAUGACAGAGAAGAAAGCUGUGGCUAUUCUGCUCCUUGUUUGGGUGUUAUCCACGGUUAUUUCUGUCGGUCCGCUCCUUGGAUGGAAAGAACCCCCGCCUGUGGACGACAGCAUCUGCAUGAUCACGGAGGAGCCAGGCUAUGCGCUCUUCUCCUCCCUCUUCUCUUUCUACCUCCCGCUCAUGGUCAUUCUCUUCAUGUACUUUAGAGUCUAUGUGGUGGCACGUAGGACUACUAAAAGCCUGGAAGCGGGCGUAAAACGGGAGAGGAAUAAGUCAAUGGAGGUGGUGCUCCGGAUUCACUGCCGUAGCGUGUUGGAGGAUGCGCGCACGGCCAGCGCGAAAAGUAGCAAAAACCACCCGUUUAGAAGUUCACUGUCUGUGCGGCUACUCAAGUUCUCCAAGGAGAAAAAAGCUGCAAAAACCCUCGCUAUCGUUGUGGGGAUGUUCAUCUUGUGUUGGCUGCCUUUUUUCUUCUUUCUGCCAAUGGGUAUGUCUUAUUUCUGUUCCCUUUUUUGAACAAAAUGCUCCCCGUCAAAGUAUAUUCCAAUUUUUUCUGCAAAUACUAAAGCCUCAUAGAAACCAGUUUAUAUGUGGGAUUGCACACGUGAAGUUAUAACGUUUAAAUUAAGUCGUGCGUGGGAGGCUAAGUGUUUUUAUUAAUGUUUGCCAGUAGAUUUAUUAUUUAUUUAAGUAAUUGGGUUUUAUGCAUUUGCGUCACAACAAGUGAGCCUUGAACAGCCUGCAGCACCAGCUCAACGCCAUAGAUUUCACAUUACAACAGACAGGCUUCAGGGAAAGCACAGCAUUCAAUACAUAAUAACACAACUUGAGAUAACUUGCAUCAUGAAAAAACCUGCACAGUCAUUAAAGCAUUGCAGGAAACCGCUGAAAUUAACACUACUCGAUUUGAUUAAUUGAUUAUAUUAAGGGCUGAACAGGAAAUGGAUCCCAACUGAGGCUGUGAGAAUUUAAUAAAACAUUUUCAUUUGGUCAGAAAAGGUCAAAGCUGCAACGUGACUACUAACAUGGCUUGUUUUCAUGUCUGCCAUUUUUUUCCUGAGAGUCUAUUUGUUCAGAUGGCUUGUAUCAGAUUUCUCAUAGAGGAGUCAUAAUACUCUGACAUUCUCCACUAAUGAGCUCUUAAAAAACAACUGCCUGUUACAAAUAUGAGCUGGGCUACCUGUUCUUGGUGGACUUGUCUCACAUUUCAUUAAGAAAAGGUGCAAAGACAGUGUAUUUUGUUUAUCAAGGCUACUCCCUUAAAUGUUAAUUGGCAAACAAGCCCUCAUUAGACCUGCUACAUGACAAUGAGCUACCUGUAAGUCUGGAUAAACAAGCUCUCUUCAGAUGGAAAAUGUUGGAGUAUGUUGAAGAUAGUUUUUACCCGAUCACUAAAGGGAUUAGAUGUAAGAGUGUAGAUGAGUAAUGACUGAGGAAAUCCUUUGGUUGAAAGGCCUUUCAGUGGGGAGGACAUUAUGCCUGGACAUAAAUCAAACUGAGGAGUGCAAUUUGCAUAUAAAGCUGCAUGUACAUAAAAGGAACUGUAUUCACAAUACACCACAUGAAUGUAAUCUACAUGUAUUUCUCAUGAUUUAACUCCAAAGUCACAAUGAAAAUAUGACUAAUCUUUGUCAGGUAGAGGACACAGCACUCUAUAAAUAAUCUGUUGCACCUCCAAAUGAAGUCAAUCACAUUAUUGGAAUAGGACCUGAGGGGGAGAGAGUGUAAGUUCAAGAAAAUAAUUAACUGAGGGCUGCUGGUUGUUUCAUUCACUGGAUGGAAGGAGAAAGGGCAAGUUUAUUUGAUACCAGAAGUCUACAGUACGAAACUCUGAGUUCCUUUGAAGGGGUUAAACAAACGCAGUUCAUCAGAACAAUUCAAAACACUCAACACACAUGGUGGUGGAGUGGGUGUGGGUCCCUCGCUGAAAAUUGAUUGGCCCUCCUGAGGGCCCCCUAUAAUAACUUACACCUGAUUGGCCCUUUGCUUGGUUAGAAGGAGCAGGCUACUUGUUUUUCCAACUAAACUGUUGAGCUAUGUUGGAACAGGCCAUCACUUCAAUUUUUGCCUACACUUAUCUCAGUAACUAUUGUGGUUACAUCUCCUCUUGAGUUGUUAGAACACUGACAAUUGCAGGUUUAUGUACUGCUGUUUUAUUAUUUAGCCUUAUCUUAAGUUAUAGACCUCUAAACGUCACUGGACUGAAGCUCAUUCUUUUUGUGUUUAUCCUUGUUUCUUCCAUGUUUGUUUGUAGAGUGUGGCGCAGUCUGAACCCCCAAUUUUUACUGCUACUCAGCCAUUUCCAUUUAGUAAGAUAGAUAGAUGUUGGCACAUUGCAGACAUCAUUAAUGAGUAACCUUUUGUUGAGAGGCAGAUGUACUCUUUGCGCCUUUUGUGCCAUUUAGACCCUUUCUGUGUGAUGAUGCAUAUUUAGACAGAGUAGUCUGACUCAUUUCAAGCUCCACUGAGAGCGCUCUAACACCGUUCACCUAAAUUAGUGCAUCAGACUCAUGAAUGUGUUUUUUAUUGCCAGAAAAUGAUGGAAUAAACAGAGGUGGCUUUUUCAAAAUGCACUUGAUGACUGUCUGACAUUCAGUUUAACUGAUACAACAUCAAGAGCAACCAUGUUUGCAUGGAAACAUACUGCAGAAAAGUGUUUUUUUUUCUUCCUUUUUUCUGGAUAAUCAACCUUUUUCAAUCUCAUGUGAACUUAAUAUGAUAUUGAGUUUUAGGUGUUUCAUACUUUCAUGGAAAUAGAAGUCUUACUUUCUAAAUGUUAAUAUAUCCCAUUUUCUUAGGCAAAAACCAGCGAUGUUCUAGUUCAUCGUUUUUAUUUGUAUUCAAUAUAAAACUUUGUGCCACCAAAGCAAACACACUGAGCAAACAGAGCUUCACUUUGUUCCUUUGUGGCAGGAUAUCACAUGAUAACCUUCGCAUGUAAAGUUAAAUGCUGAGAACUGAUCAGGGUUCUCUCGGCUCUCACCAAAGAGCCAUUACAAAAUUUAGUCUGAGAAAUUGGACAAGUCCUCAUAGUCUUGGCUCAAGGACUUGUACAUGAGCCAAUGUAAAUUUAGAAAAACCAAGAAAAUAUUAAAACGACAAUCAUCUCGCUGAACUCAGGCCUAAAAGGAGACUGUUAUCUCAAAGGAACAGCAACCCUGCUUAAUGAUAUGACUUGUUGCCAUGGUGUUGUUGGACUGCGUCAGAGAGGUGAAUCAUUUCACUUCACCAUCUCAGUUCAAUUUCUAAAUGAUGUCAUUUCGGUAGGAAGAAUCAAUGGAAACUAUCACUGCCUUUAAUCUACCCUUUAUUAAUCAUUAACGAGUUGAACCAGAGCUGGUGAGUUUAUGAGUCAUUUCAACAAAAAGGGAUGAGUAAUGUUGUUCUUUAUGAGAAUAAAGAAGAAAAGUCAAAAGUAAAUUGAGAAUUCUGCUUAUCAUUCGAUUUUGUCACAGAGUUGAUGGACAGCACAAAUCUGCUGCUUGCAUCAGUGAGAAGGAUUUAUGCCAAAACUACAUAAAAGCACCUCUAGAGUCACAAACAGGCCAUUUUCUACAGCUCUCUACAAUAUACAAACCAAAUCAAGUUAAAAUACACUUCUGAGCCCAGGGACUGACAUUAGCACUGUGAUAUGUUGCCUCUGUGUCCAGGGUCAACACUGUUAAAUCCAAGCCUGUGGACACAAAGACACAUAAAAAGUUAUGAGGCAAUAUCCAUGGAAAAAAAAAACACUUAAGGCAAUAUUAAAACUUUCAUGAAAUCAGAAGAAAUAAGUAUUUUAACUCAGAUAUAAGUUUUUACUAAUCUGUAAAUAUAAAAAGCCUUCAACAGGUUUUAUUUCACUUUCUAAAUAGCCAAAACAAAGUCCUACAAAAAAGGGUUAAAUGCUCAAUCUUAGGACGCCAUAAUCCUAAAAAACUGGCAAAAGGUGUUUAAGGCUGGGUCUCCAUUUUACCAAUACUAAUAACAAAGAGGAGGCUUUAAGCCACACCCCAAAGAGCUGCUUUACUUAAAUCUGGCAAUCCCUGAACGAGACCAAGGUCAUAAUCCAUCCACUAUGUUAAAUCUAAUGGUAAUUUCAAGUAUGUGUUUAUAUGUUGAUUUGUGUGUCAUUAACAACCCCUCAGAGUAUCAUUUAACUCUUAGCACCAUUUUAAACAUCACAUACUCCACUUGCAAGGACUGAAACAAGUUUUGUGCAUGGAGAUAUUGUUUCCCCAAUAAACUGCCUCAUAAAUAAAAGUCUACAAAAUGUCAGAAACUCUCAUUUUCUCAUAAAUAAACACAACCAAACAGCUACUACAGAACAAUUUAUCAUCACAAAAACAGUACUGUGGAUGCUGAGGGAUGAAAAAUGUGUCACUAUUGCUAAUGUCUUAACACAGCAGUACAUGCACAGUUUUUUAAUGUAUUUACCAAGCUGUUGGGAGAAAAGAUGAAGAUCUAGAGUUUCAUGUUGUUUUUUUAUGAUUUCAAAUUAAUAACUCAUUAGUAUCCAAACUUAAUUUACAUCAUGGCUGAAAAAACACAUAUACACUGUUAUGAAAGAGUGUUACCCCUGCUAUAAUUUUACAAGUUUAAUGUGUAAAAACGACCAUGAAUAACCAAAUUGAGCAUACUCCUGUCCUAAAAGUUCAUAAAAGUUUACUCACUGACCAUCUUUAUCUUCCUCCAGGUGCCUUCUUCCCAGCGCUGAAGCCAUCUGAAACUGUCUUUAAGGUGAUCUUCUGGCUCGGCUACUUUAACAGCUGCAUCAACCCCAUGAUCUACCCCUGCUCCAGCAAAGAGUUCCAGCGUGCUUUCACCCGACUCCUCAAGUGCCAGUGCCACAGAAGACAGAGAGUCCUGCGGCGCUUUUAUGACCAGAGGUGGCGGACAGCUGUCAAAGGAAUGACAACGGAUCAGACAGGAGACUACAAACCCAGCUACACCGUGCACGAAUCCUUCGGCAGCCCUUUGUUUCACAAGGGGAAAGGGCGCUCACUGGGUUUCAAAAGAUGGAGUCUCUUUCCACCUCUACAAAAGUCCUCUUUUCAGUUGAAAGAGAAAGUUAACAACCUGUCAAAUAAAAUCAAAGGAAGGGCAGGAAAAAGCAGCACACCUGCAGUGGGACGGAUUGAUGUAGUAGACACGGUCUCUAUGGGGAUUUACAACUCCUGUGAGCAGAGUGGUUAUCAGUUCUAUGAUCUGGCAGACUGCUAUGGCCUAAAAGAGACUGACAUUUAGAGCACUAAGAAACCAUCUUCUAUUUAUUUUGAAGGAUUGUACUGAAACACAAUUCAAGACUAACUAUGAUCAGAAGGGAUUUUGUGCUCAUAAAAUAUCUCUGAAUCAAAGCUGAAUAAAAGCGGCGGUCCCAGAAGUAUCUCUUGAUCCCAGCGCAAACAAAACAAACUUUUUCGUGAUCAUUUAUUCGCACUAUGCUUGUUUAGAUCAAGCAUCUUAUGAGCUGCAUAAAGUCACAUUUUGGCUGAGGACACAAUUCCUGGGAUUGACUUUUAGUGCUGUCAUUUAAUGCAUCCAUGGUUUAAAGCCCUUUACUUAUUGCUUUAAAAUUUGCAUCAACGAGGUGGCCAUGACUUUUGGAUAGCCUAAGCCUAAUGAUGCCUGGGGGAUAACUCGGGUGUUAGAUACUUCCUUUUUCAAUCUUCAUCUAAUAUAAAGUGAAAUAGACAAAAAACAACAACAAAAAAAACAGUUGUAAUGAAUGGUACAAAAUGUCUGAAAACCUUAAGCAAAGUUUUUCCACUCGUGAGAUGUCUGGGUUGAAGGAAAUGCUACUUUGCAGAAUGAAUUUUGACUUUUUAAAAUUAUUUGUCUUUUAUCUAUUUUGACAAUGCAUUGAAAAGACACGGGCCAGCUUGUAAUCAAGAUGCUGCAUAUUAUUUAUUUAAACUGUUGGAUAUACCAGUAUAACUUGGCACUGAUAUAUAUAAAAAAAAGAAAAAAAACUUGUAUGAAUAUAAGUCCUUGAGCCUGUACUGGCUCAACAUUCUGUGGGUUGCAUUGCCAGGUGAGUUGAUGUGAAAUAAACAUGUUUUUUUUUCUUUGUAUUUUUAAUGUUAUGUUUGUUUGUUAAUGUAAAUGUAAAAAAAAAUAAUAAAAAAAUUUAAAUAAAAUGGAGUAAAACCAAGUUGAACUUAUAACUAAGUUUAAUCACAGGCAGCAAAACUGAAAUUGGAUUUGUAGCCAAAAACUGUCCAGCAGAUGUCACCACUGAUUCAGGUAUUGUACCCGACACACUCCCUAAAUGGAAACAAAUGAAUACAUGCAUUCAGUAGCAAGAAGAGAAAACUUGCAUUCAAAGAAAGAGGCAAACACAAAUUAAGUAUGUAUGUAUUAUUGUUAUACUGGUACUUUCCUAUCUUUCCUAUCAAGGUUAAAACAAGCUAAAAAUAAAUGAUUGAAAUUCAUUUUGUGACCAUGUCCAGAACAGGAAAAGAAAGAAUAAAAGAAAAAGAGAGA